AUGCCUUCGAAUCUUGCUGUUCCUGCGCUGUCUGGCUCUCAAAUAUCCUCCUCUAUCACCGUUGUCAAUGGACCGCUUGACACUGAUGACGCGCUUUCGUUCACGGGCUCGGAGGGGCAGGUCCCUGUUCAGAAGCUUGCGGAGCUCGACAACCAACUCGUGAUGCAGAACCGUAUCCUCGAGGGCGCAGAGAAUAUGCUUAAGGUCACGCUGACUGAUGCUCUACGACUUCAAGUCGAGUCUGAAUUGGAUAUGGCUAGAAGUCGAAUUGAGGCUAUCACCAAUAAGCGGCAGGAUAUACGUAAGUACUCAGGCAAGCAAGUCAACGGUGCCGCCGCAGUGAAACGCAAGUUUUUCCAGGCAGGCCAUUCUUCAUCUCAAGUCAAACAGGUUAAAGAAGACGUCGAUGACAAGGUAGGGGACGACUUCCGUACUAUGCUUCAGAAUGCAUCGAAUUGCGUGUUGAAUCUGCUCUCCCUUGCUCGUCCGACCAUGCCACCGCAGACCACACCGGGUGCUUCCUCUUCUACCGACCCUCCGACCUCCAAUAUUCCCGAUGCGGAUAGACCGUGGGUCGAUGCUAUGUCAAGGCUCACAGCUGUUCUUCAGAAGAAUUUGCGUGUUCGUUAUGAAUUGAGUCUAGCAGAUGUCGUCCCAGCUGUCAUACCGGCGCUUGCAGACAGACGUUCCAAACAUUGUCGUGCAGCUGCCUAUCGUGUCAUAAGACAUGCCUUGGUAGAUCACGACUCAGUCAAACGGUUGGAAGAACAGGCACUAGAUUGGUAUAUUGUAAAGUCUCUCAAUCGCGACAGCAAAUACGCCGUUGAGAAAGAGCAGGUCAUCAAGCUCAUCCGAACUAUUGUGGACAUUGGUACGGUUCGCCACGAUUCACACUCGUCCACAGGAGGUUCUGUGGGUGUAGUCCCUCUUUCCGAGCCCGUCAUGCGAGCGUUUAUCGCAGUUGCGGAACAUGUUGAAGAUCCUUUCAGGCCCAUCUGUAUACUAACCUUAACUGAAAUUCUUCUCAUCGAUAUUGAUCUCGUCGCCAGAACGGGUGGAACCCGUUUUCUACUACAUGCCCUGGGUGAAGGACCGGUUGAAUUAACUCCCAUCCUAUCUGCGGCUUUCCUUCAUAUAGUGGACAGUCCUCGAACUCGAUCCUACUUUACGGUUGGUACCGACCUAGAAACUGCACUGUCUGCCGUCACUGAUGCCUACGGCAAAGGUCCUGAUCAUGCUGAGCGGAUGAAGAGUUACACCCAAGUUAUACAAGGCAUGCUUCGAACCUGGAGCGGUCUCAUGUACUUCUGUAUGAACGAUAUGCGCGCACUGCGAUCUGUGAUCGAGACCCUUCGAAUUCCCUCUGUGGAAACACGGGAAAUCAUUUUAAACAUGUUCUUCAGUCUGCUCAAGAUCAAGACACCGGAAUGGUACCAAACCUUCAUCGAUGGAAGAAGAUUAACAAUGUACAGGAAGAGUCGGAGUAGUAUCGAUGAAAGCAAGGAAGUCGAACAAGCGGAUCGGACGUCCCCGACUUCAAGGUUGACUGAGCACUAUAUCGCCCUAUUAGUCCUCAUCUUCACAAACGCAGGGUUGCUUGAUGCGCUGACUUCUAUGCUAAGUGAAACUACCACUGGUACGAAUCUCUCGAGAAAGGCGACGCUUCUCAUGGCAGAGGUUUUGCAAAUUGCAAAUCGAGUCUUGCCGCUUUCCGUAGCGGCGAGAAUACAGGCUAUCCCGCAAAUUUUUUACAUGGCGGCAGAUUUUGGUGACGGUGAACAUCGGAUCAUUGGGACGUCAGCAAUGUCCGCUAUUGACAGUCUUGACCGAAACCGUGCACGACUGCAGCCUGGACCCGUCAAACAAACCCGUGUACGGGCUAACUCUGUGGAGGACCCUGUUCGCCGCGGACAACGUCAGGUAGAGCAAGCGAAGCUGAAAAUGAAUAUGCAGAUGGAUGAUAAAACAUUCCAGUCCUGUGUUCUGGAAACUCAAGUAAUGAUUACAAGGGACUAUAUGAAAUGGAAUUUUGAUGUGUUGCAAGAGCUCAUUGAAGGACCUUUGUUGAAUCCGAAGCGGAUGGAGGAGGCGAUCAGGGCAGCGAAGUUUAUCCGACGUCUUAUGUCAUUCUUCCACCCUUUCAGCCAUCGUUUCUCGGAGAUACCGAAAAUUAAGGCUAAUCUUCGGUGGGCUCGGCUGGGAUGUUCGCUUUUGACAACCUUGCUAGCUAGUCCUGAUGGAGUGAGAUUCCUGUCUACGGAAGAUCAGUUCCUUACACAGAUUGUCAAGAGCUUUGCUCAGCUUGAUCCGUUCAAUGGUCUUCCUGACCAAGAUCCCAUAUUCUCCAAAAAGAGAGUCGCCGAAACUUUGACCUAUGGGUAUCUGGAGAUGCUCGGGACACUCAGUAAACAUAAGGAGGGCAUCGAGUUAUUGGAGAAAUUCAAGAUAUUUACCGCGUUCUACCACUUAAGUGAGUUGCGAAGUCGAGAGGAUCUCAUCAAAGGUAUCAUAGAGAACCUUGACUAUAGCAUUGACGGACACCCUCGUAUCAUCCUGUCGAAAGCCCUUACUUCUAGCUAUAAGCACGUCCGUCUUUACGCGACUCAGCAUCUAGGUGAUCUCAUCCAAGGCUCGGCGAACAAUGCCAACGUGUGGACCUUAAGACUCCUCCUGACGCAACUUUAUGACCCUGCCCCCGAGGUGUGCGAAAUGGCCGCUCGCUUCCUUGAAGAGGCCUGUGAAUCCAAGGAAAUCCUUCAGCUUGUCGUCGAAAUGAGGCCUACCAUGGAUCAUUUGGGUGAAAUUGGGAAUCCCUUACUAUUGAAAUUCACAUCCACGCCUAUGGGCUUUCGAUACUUGCUUGACGCUGGAUACAUCGACCGAGAACUGGACCUGUGGUUCAAUGAGCGAAACCUCUACUACGUGGUACAAGUAGAAGUUUUCCUUUCCAAGGUAUUCCAUGGUUCGAAUACUGCUGAAGAGGAAGAUGAAUCUCUUGCUUUCGAGGGUACCGUACCGCCUCAUUUCUAUGGCGAGAUGUCGAAAACCGAAUUGGGCUGUCAAAUAUUGCAAGAGAAAGGCCAUUUUUCCGAUUUCACUCAAUUCAUACGUCAGCACGGUCUGGAGGGAGAGGAUACGGAGAUUAUCAUGAAGUUAAAGAGUAUUUUAUGGGCAGUCGGUAACGUCGGAGCCACUGAAGGGGGUUUGUCAUGUCUUGAGGAAGAAGACAUCAUUCCUGCGGUCCUGGACAUAGCAAACAACUCUCCGAUACCAUCAGUCCGUGGGACGUGCUUCUUCAUCUUGGGACUAAUUUCCUCGACGUCCCAAGGUGCGGAAAUCCUUGAUGAUUAUGAAUGGGAGGCAACAGUGACACCACUCGGAUUACCCACUGGAUUAUGCAUCCCGAUGGAUGUUGAGAAAUUUAUAUCUAUACCCCCUUGGACCCAACGUAUACCCGAGUCUCGCGAGACUCGCCUCAUACCCCCAACUUCGGAGGCCGAGCUCGAAGUGAUUACAGCUCUUCAGAACCUUUCAAACUCGGUCAUUGCCAACGCGGCGUCUCGAACAUUGACUAAGAUGAAAUCACGACCUGAGUACCGCUCGGUGUUCUCCUCACUAACAAUGUUUUUCCGAGCCCUUCAUAUGAUAUCAACGCAACGAUAUCGUCUGCCUGUUCGCAGAUACAUCAUGGACCUGUUCACCAUUGAGAUGGAUGCCAAUGUUGUUGCGAAGCUAUUGGACGCUGCGAAAGCCUUGAAAGCCCAUCCUGAUUAUAAGCCCCCAAAGUCUGCGGCAAAUCGGGUAAGCAUCUUAAGUCGACUGGGACGAACUCGUCGUCCGGAAGAAAGUGACGAUGAAGGCGAGGAUGAUGGACCUGAGGCGGAGGAUGUUCCGCUGUCGAAAGAUCCUCCACCUAUCAUUCGUUACGCUGCCGCUGCUACUGCUACGAACCCCGAAAAAACUGCCCGCGCACGAGGCGAGUACCUGCGAACGCACUUCAAGAACAUGCGGGAGGUCGCCGCUGCUCUUACCGGACUCAAGUUGGCCAAGGCCUACACAUACCUCGCUGACGUCCAAGAUCACAAGCAGAUCAUUCCUUUCAGGCGGUUCUCCGGCGGUGUUGGACGAGCAAGCCAGGCCAAGCAAUUCAAGGCAACUCAGGGACGAUGGCCGGAGAAGUCUGUUAAAUUCAUUUUACGCCUGCUGAAGAAUGCCGAAUCCAAUGCGGAUGCUAAAAACAUCGAUGUUGAGGACCUCACCAUCAAGAACAUUGUUGUUCAACAGGCCCCCAAAACCCGCCGCCGUACGUACCGUGCUCAUGGUCGUAUAAACCCUUACCAGGGACACCCCACGCACGUUGAAAUCAUCCUCACUGCUUCCGAUGUCGAGGUCGAGAAGGCUUCCGAAAAGGCUGGUGUCUCGUUGGUUGGAUUAAACAGGCGGCAAGUUGCUAGGAAGAGGAUUGAGGCUGCUCGAGCUUAGAUGCAUGGAUCGUUCUUUCCUGUUUGCCAAUGUACUUAUGCUAUGCAAUAUGCGAGGCUAUGAGACGGCAGUCAAAUGACAGUUCAGCAUUUCGGUUGUCGUGCCAGUGUAUAUGGCUAGAGUGGUAGCAUUUGUUGUUUCCGUUCCCGGUGUUUGUUAUUGGAACCAUAGGAUAUUCUAAAAUCUAAAUUACGUGUCCCAAACUUGAAGACGACAUCCGCCGUCUUGAAGUCCAAAUAGGUAUAUACAAUUAACUUGAGGUGUU